AUCAAAGUCUCUCUCUCUCUCUCUCUCAUCUCCUCCAUGAUUUCGGCAGUUGAAUUCACCACAACGGUCACCCAUUUCUCUCUCUCCUCUCUCCUCUCUCUAGCAUCCAAUUGAAGACUCCCACCCACUCCCUUCAAAGUCACUCCUCAACCUUCUUCAUUACUCUGUAUCUAUCUAUCUAUCUAUCUAUAUAUAUACAUUCAUUGUCUCCGAGAUUUAAAUUGAAAGGGUAGAGAAUGGCGAAUGAAGAUCCAGAGAACAGAGUAGGUACUAAAAACAGAGGCAAUACAAACCCACCAAGCUAUUACUCGCCUUCGUACUACCUAGAUUCCACAGAGACGAUGUGGACUUCGUGGUUGGUUCCGAUGAUUGUAGUGGCUAACGUGGGUAUGUUCGUUGCCAUCAUGUUCGUCAACGAUUGCCCCAAAAAUAAUUUGGGUUUUGAAGGGAAUUGUGUUGCCAAGUUUCUCGGUAGAUUCUCGUUCGAGCCUCUUAGGGAAAACCCUCUCUUCGGACCCUCUUCUUCUACAUUGGAAAAAUUGGGAGCUCUAGAGUGGAACAAGGUAGCACACGGACAUCAAGGAUGGAGACUUAUCACUUGCAUCUGGUUGCAUGCUGGUGUUGUUCAUCUACUGGCAAACAUGUUGAGCUUAGUGUUCAUUGGGAUCCGCCUUGAACAGCAAUUUGGGUUUGUGCUAGUUGGGGCAAUCUACCUGUUGUCAGGGGUCGGUGGGAGUAUACUCUCCUCCCUUUUCAUUCAACGCAGUAUUUCUGUUGGUGCAUCGGGUGCUCUAUUUGGACUUCUUGGAGCAAUGCUGUCAGAGCUUCUUACUAAUUGGACUAUUUAUACCAAUAAGGCUGCUGCUCUAUUUACCCUCGUGAUCAUCAUUGUCAUCAACUUAGCAGUUGGAAUUCUUCCGCACGUCGACAACUUUGCACACAUUGGAGGAUUCUUGACGGGUUUUCUCCUUGGUUUCAUAUUGCUACUCCGCCCCCAGUUUGGUUGGCUGGAGAGGCGGAAUCUUCCAGCUGGUGCUCGUGCCAUAUCAAAGUUUACGGUUUACCAAUAUGUAUUCUUGUUGGUUGCUCUGGUUUUGCUGAUUGCUGGAUUUACAGUGGGACUGGUACUGCUAUUCAAAGGGGUGAAUGCAAACGAUCAUUGCAGCUGGUGCUACUACCUCAGCUGUGUGCCGACCUCAAGAUGGAACUGUAAUAACUGAUCGGAGAAUCCAUUUUCUCUGGCUUUCUCUGAUUUCGUCUUUCUUGAUUGGUUAUUUGUUUAUUUCAUUUGUAUGAUUCUGUUUAUAGUCUCUGACCCAUAAUUUUUCUCUCUCUUUUUUGUUUUUGUGGACAUUUAGGAAGUCUUGUUUGUAUAAAUUUACGUGGGAUCUCUUCCCAUUAUGUACUAAUUACUGAAAUUAAUGAUGAUGGAAUUAUGUUGUUCUUCAUAUAUGGAAGUGAUUUUAUUAUUA